AUGGCAGUCAUCGUCGCGCGCGCGUUCUUGCAAGAUAUCAAGUCUUUCAUCGCACAGACGGUGCGCGAUGAGACUAAGAACAUCGUAGUGGAUCCAUCACUGGACGCCUACGACUGGGCAAAGUCUCGCGUCGACACUCACCAACGGUGGGCCAAACUUGCGGACCCUCUCGACUUCGGACCCGGCAACUCUACCUUCUCCGACCUUGUCCACUUGAUUGCUCUGACCCAAGACGACAUCGCGGACGCUCUGCCACCUUCCACAAUCGGUAACUGCUCCAUGGAGGCUCUCGUGGACCGCAUGUACGCAUGGGCAAUCUCUGACCGACAGGGUCAACGCGCUCCCUUUUACAAGGCUGGCACUGCAGGUGUCGUCCUCCGGAUCAUCAUCACGGAACUUGCGAACUACCUUCGCUCCUACACGGAGGUGGAGAGAGCCACUGAGUUCAAAGCCGCCCUAGUCGCCGCCCUCGUCGCCCUUCACAUCCACUUCAUCCCUGACGCGCGCCGCGUCGGCAAUGGUUCCCCAACCCAUCAGCCCGAUCCCCGUGGUUGGACCGGUCUUGGCGCUUCUCCCCGCCCUCGCUCGCUCAAUCCUGCCCUCGCUCGUACCCAUUCAGAGAGGAUCACCCUACAGAUCAACCAAUCUUCGCAACAGCUCCUUGACAACGACAUCCGCGGCAAAUGGUCAGCUUGCGAAACCUCUAUCGAGGAGCUUCGCGUUUUCUCCUCCCGCCUGAUCCUUCCUGAGGAGUUCGAGAAAGGCAUAGUCCAGGCGCGGAGAGCCGUCACUGGUUACGUCCUGGAGGUCUACAACUGGGCGUUCCAACGUCUCAUGGACGACCUCCAACAUUGGGACUGUCAGCUGGCUCUCACCCUCGCGAUCAUGCUCUCCAAGCAGCUUCCAGCCAUUUCCUACCCCAAAUCUGCCCCUGCGGACCUUCUAGACGCUAUUGCGGCCCAGUCCAUCACCAAUCAGGAGGCUUGCAUUCUUGCCAUUCGUCGCACACCGUGGGUCGUGCGGACUACGAACCGUGGCCUGAAGGACGUCCCCCUCUAUAUCACACAAGCCACUCUAUUCCUGCUCGCCUGGAUCAAUGACAAGUCCCCCCUGCGGCUCCGUCUUGAUGCAGGGACGGAAAUCGGUGAAUGGACCAGCAAGCAUUCAACGAAGGGGCUAAGCCAUAUGAAUCUCAUCCGCCUCGGCAUUGCCUAUGGGAACUCGAAGCGCCUUUUCACGUCGCCUAGGUAUAAUACAGACUACAUGAUCCUCCCGACUCCAUCCCUUAAGGCUUGGGCGAAGCGUGUUAAGGCUGGUGUCGCUGAUCCCAAGGAUGGUGCUUUCAACCUCACAGUGCGCAUUUUUGGUAAUGCCACGGCACUGAAACUUCGGGACAGCGGUAACUUCUCCUCUCUGGGCAUCAACCGUGUUCAAGGCCUUCAGAAGGCCACAAGUGACACGGCGCCCGUUGCAUCCUCUUCCCGUCGUAACUUAGAUGUCCUUUCUGAUUCCGAGUCACCCCCCCACAACCGUCGUCGCAUAAAUUAG